GAAGCGCGAGACGGUGUCACGACUGGUCUGGGUGUUCCCUCGACGGUCCACUGAUACAUCUGCAGUUAUAUAGAUACAUAUACACAUAUAUACAUCUACAUAUAGAUGUGUAUAUAUAGAUAAAUAUAUAUAAUAUUUGUCAGCUUUAGUACUUACAUUCUAAGGACGUCGUUGGUAGCCCGCUGUAGAAGGGCGACAGGUUCACCCAACUUUUGCCAACAUUUCUAGACGACAGGCAUCCAUCCGAAUUGGGGAAAUUUUGGGAAGUGCCAAGAUGUCGGAGGAACUUGAGCAGAUUCUUUCACAGCUGACACAGCCCGAUAAUGCAGUUAUUCAGCAGGCCACAGCUCAGCUGAAGCAGGCUUUCAAAGACCCAGCCAUUAUUCCAGCCCUGUGUGCUGUCAUUACUGGCUCGCAGAAUCCUCAGAUUAGGCAGUCAGCUGCAGUGAUGCUAAGGAUGAGAGUGAAAAAGCACUGGAAGAAAAUCAGCCCUGAUCACAGAGAGAGCCUGAAGGCAGUUGUGCUGCAAGCUUUUACACAGGAAUCGGAACACACAGUGCGCCACUCUCUCUCCCAGCUGUGCGCAGUCAUGGUCAAACAUGAGACACCAGACCACUGGCCAGCCCUACUGCAGCUUCUCAACCAUUCCAUUAAGAGCAACAACCCUGAGGAUAGAAAGGUGGGCCUUCUGCUACUAAACAAAGUGGUGGAGUCCAACCCUGAGCCCUUCAAACCUCAUUACUGCCAACUGUUGCAGCUGUUUGGUAAUGUGCUGCAGGACUUCAACAAUCCCACUGCCUUGUAUUACUGCAUUCUUACCCUCACUGCUAUGACGGUAUACGCAGGCUCAGAGGAGAUGACCCUGAUGCGGUCUAUCGUACCAAAACUGAUUGUUGCUCUGAAGCAUCUAAUCAAGGCUGAUCAGGACCAAGCCAGUGAGGCCAUGGAGGUGUUUGAUGAGCUGAUGGAGAGUGAGGUGUCCGUCAUUGUCCCUCACAUCCCUGACAUCGUCAACUUCUGCUUGGAGGUGAGCGCUGACACCACACUGAGUAACUCCCUGCGUGUCAAAGCUCUCUCCUGUGUUGCCUUCCUCAUCAGGCUGAAGAGUAAGACUGUACUGAAGCAGAAGUUGUUGAACCCCAUCCUGCAAACUAUCUUCCCUAUAUUGAGUGCUGCACCUCCGCCUGGUGAGGAGGACCCAGAGGAUGAGGAGAGUGACAAGGGGGACAAUACAGACAAUGAGAGCCCCAAACACUGUGCUGCUCAGAUCAUUGACACAAUGGCACUCCACAUGCCUCCAGAGAAACUGUUCCAGCAGCUUAUGCCCCUGACUCAGGCGUGCCUUGCCAGUGAGAAUCCCUAUGAGAGGAAGGGGGGCCUCAUGUGUCUCGCUGUUCUGGCUGAGGGCUGUGCAGACCACAUACGCACCAAGAUGCUGUCAUCUAUGCUGCAGACAGUGUGCCAGAGUCUCUCAGACAGUAAUCAAGUUGUGCGUAGUGCUGGCCUCUUUGCCCUUGGACAGUUUUCUGAGCACUUACAGCCCGAGGUGAGCAAGUACUGCGGAGAGCUGAUGCCCUUGCUGCUGAGCUACAUGUCUUGUUUGAACCAGGCAAAAGUUGGCCACAUAACAAAGGCCUUCUAUGCCCUGGAGAAUUUCAUGGAGACCACAGGAACUGAGAUUGCCCCAUAUCUGCCCACCCUGAUGGAAACCAUGCUGUCUGCCCUCAACAUUGCUGAGGACCUGAAGAUCAAAGAGUUGGCUGUAUCUGCCAUUGGUGCCAUUGCAAAUGCUGCGAAGGAGUUGCUUGUGCCUUACUUUCCUCCAGUCAUUGAAAGCUUGAAGGGCUUCCUGACUGCCACCACAGAGGAGAUGCGGUCCCUGCAGACUCAAGCCCUCGACACUCUGUCAGUGUUGGCCCGGACUGUUGGCAAUGAUGUGUUCAGUCCUCUGGCUGCAGAGUGUGUUCAGUUGGGCCUCAACCUCACCGGCACAAUAGAUGACCCUGACCUGAGACGCUGCACGUAUAGUUUGUACUCUGCUGUGUCCACGGUUAGCCCUGACUGUCUUACCCCUCACCUCACAGCGAUCACCUCCGUCAUGUUGCUGGCCCUGAAGUCCACCGAGGGUGUCACGGCCCAUCUCGAGGAGGACAAGACAUUUGUCCUAUUAGAUGAUGAUGAUGAUGAUGAUGACGAUAACGAUAAAGAUGAAGAAACCAUUCUGGAGGACGAGCCAGAGGCUGAGGUUCACGAUGUGGUUGGUUUUAGCGUGGAAAAUGCCUACAUUGAUGAGAAGGAGGAUGCCUGCGAUGCGCUGGGAGAGAUUGCCUUCAGCAUGGGUGCUGCUUUCCAGCCCUUCCUGGAGUCCUGCUUCCAGCAGGUCUAUGAGAUGAAAAAUUUCCCCCAUGAGGAAGUACGCAGGGCAGCGUUCGGGGCCAUGGGCCAGUUCUGCCGAGCUCAGCACAAAGUGUGGAAGGAGAAUCCCACUGAGGCCAACCACCAGGCCCUGCUGAAGCUGCUGGAUGUGGUGGUCCCGUGCUUUCUGGAGACAGUGCGCACAGAGCGUGAGCGUCACGUGGUGAUGAGUGUCCUGGAGGCCAUGAAUGGCAUCAUCGAGUCCUGCAAGGGGGAGGUGUUCAAGAACCCUGGACGCCUGCAGGAAGUCAGCCACGCUAUCCGUGAUGUACUCAAGAAGAAAACGUUAUGUCAAGAUGGUGGGGUUGAUGAAGUUGAUGAUGAAGACCAACAGGCAGAGUUUGAUGCCAUGCUCCAGGAGUUUGCUGGUGAGGGCAUUCCCUUACUGGCCUCAGCUGUGCCUGCAGACACCUUCAGCCCUUUCCUCAACGAACUGUUGCCUCUCAUCAUGAGCAAAGCGAAAUCUUCAUGCACAGUCGCAGACCGUUCCUUCUCUGUGGGUACAAUUGGAGAGAUUCUGCAAUCCUUUGUGGGCAUUUCAGGGGGCAGGGGAGUGGCGGGCCGUCUGUCCAACCAGCUGUUGCCAGUACUUGUGGCUGGGGUUAAAGACAGCGAUGCCGAAGUUCGCAACAACAGUGUGUAUGCACUGGGAUCUCUGGCUCAGGCUGCUGGACCCAUCGUCGUAUCAGAUUACCCCAUGAUGCUGUCUCUUUUCUCCAAUCUGUUGGCCAAGGAGUCAGACCUCCGGGUGAUUGACAACCUGUGUGCUGCCCUCUGCAGGAUGAUAAUGAGCAAUGUGGACGCUGUCCCGCUGGAGCAGGUGUUGCCUGCUCUGGUGGCUCGUCUCCCUCUGAAAGAGGACAUGGAGGAAAACAAGACAGUAUACAGCUGCCUGGCCAUGCUCUACACACACAAUUCUGCUCUGAUUGUGAGCCAGAUGAAGUCCAUCGUUGCUGCUUUCAGCGAAGUUUUCGGUACCAAGAAGCUUGAUGCAGAGACCCAAAACAACAUGACCAUGUUGGUUCAACAGUUUGCCCAGCACCACUCUUCAGAGUUCCAGGGUGCUGUGAACGCACUUCCCGCUGAGCAGCAGGCCAGGCUGAGCACAGCUGCGGCCACCUCCUAGCUUGUGAAUGAUAUGCCCUUCCACUCUCGUGUGAAAGCCAGUCAAAACACAUUGUAGUUUUUUUUGUUUGUUUUUUUUUAAUAUAUACUUUGAAUGGAAAACGCAGGACAGUAGUUGGGAACGGUUUUCCACACUUUGCCAAAUUCCUGCAAACUCCAGCACUUGAACCAUUCUAUUACUACAUACAAUUAAUAUCAUUAUUACAAUCUCUGCAUUUAGUUAUUGUUUCAGAUAUUACGUUUUAAUUUAUUUGUGUGCAUGCAUGCAGUGUUUUGCUUUUAUAAUUAGAUGAUGGGGUUUAUUGUCUCAUGUUUUCAUUUUUGUCUGUUGUUACCUUCAUUGUGAAAGGUUAUUACUGAUUUGCUGUUGUUCCUUUUUACCACUGGCUUCACUUCUCUCUGGCUGUGUUUUGGAGUGUGAAACAAUGAACCUGACAAUUGCCCCCCCCCGGACAUUUCUGUCAGACUUGUCAUUCCUGUGUCCUCUGAGUUUGGUUUUAGAAGACAACAAGUUUUAGGAAUAGCACACUGUCUCAGCCAGCUAUGCCCUAUCCAGGAUGAUCCCCAUGCUGCUUACUAAGGAGUUUCUCAAUUGGGCCUACUCUGCAACUGUGCACUCAUUCCAUUUAUGUGAACCUCUGGCAGAAAUCCAGCAGUGAGGCUCCCACAGCUCUGACUCACCGACUGUACACCACUGUGCAAGUAAUUGGCCACAAUCGGUUGUUGUAAAAAGCAGCACUUUAUUUCCACACCAUAAUGAAUUUGCAGAAGCUCAACACACAACACACUGUCUUAUUUGGGUGUAAACAAAAGAGUGUGUUGGUGCAGUCUCGGCUCGAUGUGACUUCGUACAUGGUUUCACCUGCACCACCCAAACCUUUGCCGGUUCCAUUUCUCACUUCUGGUGCUUUUUUACUUUGGAGAAAGUUAGCAGCAAGCUGUUUUUUUAAGGCUUUCCAGGCUAUUUUAUACAAAUAGUACAGUAACGUAAUGGCUGACUACUACGCUGGAAGAUUUCACAGCUUAGUUGUUGCCAAGCAUUCAUUGCCUCACCUUUCCAAGAGCUUGUGACACUCAUACAUAGAUUCUUGAUGCUUAGAUUAGAUGCAACUUAAUAUUUAACAAACCUGAAUCCUAAAAUCAGAGUGGGGUCGGCAAACAACCCAGCCGUUAAUAUAUUUUGACAAAUGGACCUUUUUUGAGCAUUUGUAUUGGUCGAAAAGUACCAAACCCUUAGCAGGCUGAGCCACAUUAAAUUACACUCUUGUUUUUGAAAGGUUCCUCAGGUGACUUUUUCCUCUUUCUUCUUCCCACCCCUCACAUUUCACGUUGUUGCUUUGCCCCAUUAAAUUUGGGCUGCUGAUCCUCCAUGUCCACUGCUGUGGUCAUCUCUGCUGGUGUCAGGCCAUUCUCCCCUGAAACAUGGAGCAAGAGAGAGUUUUGAAUGAACACUUCCUGAUACAUUACACCACAAGCACAUCUGUUGAGCAUGAGCCCACAUCUCUCUUGUUUUGACAGCAACCCAGAGUCUAUGAUUAGAGGAGCAAACAUCACACAUUUGUAGUGAAUAGUAUAUGAGCACUGAUAUAAAGCUAUACAAAUUGUGUGGAUACCGCUGAGCCAAAACAUGAUUUUAACCGUUUGGGUCUUCAUUUCUUCAGCUGUUG